UCCAUCUAUAAAAUCAGCCUCCUGGCCUCCCCUGCAAUUCCUCAGCCUCAGAAUCUGUUAAUUACUGGUUUGAUAGAUCCUAUAUAGAAACUUGCUCCCUCCACCUCCAAGUCUCGCCCAAUUCUUCCCCCCACCAAAAAAAAAAAAGUUCGAUAUCUCGAGAUAUUCUAAAUCAAUAAUGGGAGGUUGUGCGAGCAGACCUAAGGACUUGGACAUUGCCCCCGAGGCCGUCCCCAAGGAGGCUCCUGCCAGCCCUGCCAAGGCUGAGGCCGAGGCUGCUGCUAAGGAGAACGAAAACAAUGGAGGUGAGACCGAGAAUAAGGAAGCGGCUGAGAGCAACAGUGCAGCAGAGGCUGAAGUCAAGACCAUAACCGAGGAUAAGGCUGAAGCUGCCGCCGAGGAAACCAAGGAUGAGGCUGCUGCUGCUGUUGCUGUCUCUGAGAAGCCAGAGGAGGUGAAAAAGGAGGAGCAAAAGGAGGCUCAGUAGGAGAAAAAGGAAGACGCAGCUCCGAGCUCAGACGAUAAGGACACACCAGCAGCUGCUACAGCAUAAGGAGAAAGAACAAGAAGAUAAUUAACAUUUCAAUCGAUUCGUUUUCUGUUUUUGGAGCUUAAAAGGGAUGGAAAAAUUGAAGAGAAUAUGUGGGGGCGGAGAUUAACAGUAAUGUUCACUAGUCCUGUAUUGUGCGGAUCCACUUAGAAAAGUUUUAACAAUCAAACUAUUCCAUUCAUAGAAGAAGUCUAUUCUCCGUGUUUGUUCGUUCAA